AUGGCCGCGGUUUCCCCGCCGCAUUCAUCGGCAAAGGCACCGUCUUCCCAGACCUCUCGCGAUCUAACGGCCAAGCCGCGGCGCCCAUCGUCCCCGCGCAACGGAGGAUCUUCCUCAUCCGACUCUGCCCCUCCUCGCCUUACGAUCUUCGACGGGAAGCAAAUCCGACGGCGGAUGCACGACGACGCGGCAUUCACGGCGUUCCUCUCGCACGAGUUCGACCGCCUCGACGCCGACGGUAACGGCGCGCUCUCGCUGGGCGAGUUAAAGCCGGCGCUACUGCGGCUCGGGGAGCUAUUAGGGAUGCCGCCGGCCGGGACGGCACGCGAGGUUGACGAGCUGGUGGAGGGUCUUUUCGCGUCGUUCAUGUCGCCGGAUCUCACGGAGGAGAUUGGGCGGGAUUCGUUUGUCCGGCUCCCCCUCAUUCUUCCCCCCUUCCCCUCAUUCUUCCCCCCUCCCCCUCAUUCUUUCCCCCUCCCCCUCAUUCUUUCCCCCUCCCCCUCAUUCUUUCCCCCUCCCCCUCAUUCUUUCCCCCCCCCCCCUCUCCCCCUCGUUCCUUCCCCCAUUCCCCUCUCCGAUCCCCAAGAGGACCCGCUAUCCACGCUGGUCUACGACGGGGGCGCGCUGCGGAGAAUACUGGGCAGCGCGGAGGAGGCGGAGGCGCUGAUUUCGGCGCUGUUCGCGGAGCUGGAUACGGACGGCAGCGGGUGCAUCAGCAAGAGCGAGCUGCGCCCCGCGCUCGUGCGGUUGGGGCUUCACGGGGGCGACAGCACCACGGCCGAAGCGCGCGAGCACCAGGAGCAGGUGCUGGAGCGAAUCAUCGACCGGUACUGUCUGGACGGCGACGGGGAGCUGUGCCGCGACGAGUUCUCGGCGCUGCUGCUGGACGUCUUUAAAGACCUCUCCUCCGAGCUCGAGGCCGCGCCGUUGUACCUGCCGCAGCGCGCCACCGUGCUCAACGGCGCGUACAUAAAAAAGAUCCUGAACGACGACGAGUUCUUCACGGCGGUAUCGGACUCUAUGUUCGAGGAAUGGGACGUCUCCCACAAGGGCUACCUCGUGUGCACUGACGCCAUAGCCGGCUUCCGCAAGCUCGGCCUCGCCUACGGGCUCCCUCCGCCCGACGCCGCGGAAGCAGACAAGGUCUACACGUCGCUCUUCCUCUCCGCGGACGUGAAUCUGGACGGGUUUGUGGACAAGGGGGAGUUCCGCACGCUGCUGCGCUCGCUCUUCAUCGGCAUGCAGCUGCAGCUGGAAGAGACGCCGCUCGUGCUCGAAUCGUCCGUGGAACCCAAGGGGGAGUCUAGAUCCGGCGGUACAGAAUCCGUUUUCGACGGGCCGAAGCUGCUCGCGUUGCUGCGCGAGGAGGGCGGCGGGCAGCGCGUGCGGAGAUUUUUGGAGGAGAAGUUUCAAGAGAUGGAUAAGGGCGGGCGGGGGCGGGUUCCGCGCGAGGCGGUGCGCGCGGUGGUGGCGCACGUGGAGCAGACGAGCGUGCUGCCGUCGCCGCGGCGGACGUCUUUUCAGGCGCCUCAAAAGCGCGCGGAGCAGACGAGCGGGCUGCCGUCGCCCAGACGGACGUUCUCCGCGGGGAGCCCGGGGGUGGGGGGAAGACUGCGGGUGGGGGGAAGACGAGGGGAACGGGAAUCCCAAGCGUUGUUAGAAUCGGCGCGCAGACGAGGGAAUAUAGCGCCUGCUGGGAUUGCUGCUGGGAUUGCUGCUGGGAAUGCUGUGGGGGACGCGGGGAGUGGUGAUUGGGAGAGCGCGGAGCAGGAGGUGGCGUGCGAGGAGUUUGUGGAUGCCAUGAUGCGCGUGCUGCAGCGCAUGGGGGACGCCGUGUAUGGUGCGUGCGGGUUCAAGGGGAUGGACGAGUGUAUGGUGCGUGCGGGUUCAAGGGGAUGGACGAGUGCAUGGUGCGUGCGGGUUCAAGGGGAUGGACGAGUGCAUGGUGCGUGCGGGUUCAAGGGGAUGGACGAGUGCAUGGUGCGUGCGGGUUCAAGGGGAUGGACGAGUGCAUGGUGCGUGCGGGUUCAAGGGGAUGGACGAGUGCAUGGUGCGUGCGGGUUCAAGGGGAUGGACGAGUGCAUGGUGCGUGCGGGUUCAAGGGGAUGGACGAGUGCAUGGUGCGUGCGGGUUCAAGGGGAUGGACGAGUGCAUGGUGCGUGCGGGUUCAAGGGGAUGGACGAGUGCAUGGUGCGUGCGGGUUCAAGGGGAUGGACGAGUGCAUGGUGCGUGCGGGUUCAAGGGGAUGGACGAGUGCAUGGUGCGUGCGGGUUCAAGGGGAUGGACGAGUGCAUGGUGCGUGCGGGUUCAAGGGGAUGGACGAGUGCAUGGUGCGUGCGGGUUCAAGGGGAUGGACGAGUGCAUGGUGCGUGCGGGUUCAAGGGGAUGGACGAGUGCAUGGUGCGUGCGGGUUCAAGGGGAUGGACGAGUGUAUGGUGCGUGCGGGUUCAAGGGGAUGGACGAGUGCAUGGUGCAUGCGGGUUCAAGGGGAUGGACGAGUGCAUGGUGCGUGCGGGUUCAAGGGGAUGGACGAGUGCAUGGUGCGUGCGGGUUCAAGGGGAUGGACGAGUGCAUGGUGCGUGCGUGCAUGGUGCGUGCGGGUUCAAGGGGAUGGACGAGUGCAUGGUGCGUGCGGGUUCAAGGGGAUGGACGAGUGCAUGGUGCGUGCGGGUUCAAGGGGAUGGACGAGUGUAUGGUGCGUGCGGGUUCAAGGGGAUGGACGAGUGCAUGGUGCGUGCGGGUUCAAGGGGAUGGACGAGUGCAUGGUGCGUGCGGGUUCAAGGGGAUGGACGAGUGCAUGGUGCGUGCGGGUUCAAGGGGAUGGACGAGUGCAUGGUGCGUGCGGGUUCAAGGGGAUGGACGAGUGUAUGGUGCGUGCGGGUUCAAGGGGAUGGACGAGUGCAUGGUGCGUGCGGGUUCAAGGGGAUGGACGAGUGCAUGGUGCGUGCGGGUUCAAGGGGAUGGACGAGUGUAUGGUGCGUGCGGGUUCAAUUCAAGGGGAUGGACGAGUGUAUGGUGCGUGCGGGUUCAAGGGGAUGGACGAGUGUAUGGUGCGUGCGGGUUCAAGGGGAUGGACGAGUGCAUGGUGCGUGCGGGUUCAAGGGGAUGGACGAGUGUAUGGUGCGUGCGGGUUCAAGGGGAUGGACGAGUGUAUGGUGCGUGCGGGUUCAAGGGGAUGGACGAGUGCAUGGUGCGUGCGGGUUCAAGGGGAUGGACGAGUGUAUGGUGCGUGCGGGUUCAAGGGGAUGGACGAGUGCAUGGUGCGUGCGGGUUCAAGGGGAUGGACGAGUGCAUGGUGCGUGCGGGUUCAAGGGGAUGGACGAGUGCAUGGUGCGUGCGGGUUCAAGGGGAUGGACGAGUGCAUGGUGCGUGCGGGUUCAAGGGGAUGGACGAGUGUAUGGUGCGUGCGGGUUCAAGGGGAUGGACGAGUGCAUGGUGCGUGCGGGUUCAAGGGGAUGGACGAGUGCAUGGUGCGUGCGGGUUCAAGGGGAUGGACGAGUGUAUGGUGCGUGCGGGUUCAAUUCAAGGGGAUGGACGAGUGUAUGGUGCGUGCGGGUUCAAGGGGAUGGACGAGUGUAUGGUGCGUGCGGGUUCAAGGGGAUGGACGAGUGCAUGGUGCGUGCGGGUUCAAGGGGAUGGACGAGUGUAUGGUGCGUGCGGGUUCAAGGGGAUGGACGAGUGUAUGGUGCGUGCGGGUUCAAGGGGAUGGACGAGUGUAUGGUGCGUGCGGGUUCAAGGGGAUGGACGAGUGUAUGGUGCGUGCGGGUUCAAGGGGAUGGACGAGUGUAUGGUGCGUGCGGGUUCAAGGGGAUGGACGAGUGCAUGGCGCGUGCGGGUUCAAGGGGAUGGACGAGUGUAUGGUGCGUGCGGGUUCAAGGGGAUGGACGAGUGUAUGGUGCGUGCGGGUUCAAGGGGAUGGACGAGUGUAUGGUGCGUGCGGGUUCAAGGGGAUGGACGAGUGUAUGGUGCGUGCGGGUUCAAGGGGAUGGACGAGUGUAUGGUGCGUGCGGGUUCAAGGGGAUGGACGAGUGCAUGGUGCGUGCGGGUUCAAGGGGAUGGACGAGCAGCCCUAUCCCGUGGCAGCACUUCUUGGCGGACUUCUGCUGUGGCGUCCCCUUCACAUCCCCUGCCACCCCUUCCCGUGUGCCUCAUCCCCCGCCACCCCUUCCCGUGUGCCUCAUCCCCUGCCACCCCUUCCCGUGUGCCUCAUCCCCCGCCACCCCUUCCCGUGUGCCUCAUUCCCCGCCACCCCUUCCCGUGUGCCUCAUCCCCCGCCACCCCUUCCCGUGUGCCUCAUCCCCCGCCACCCCUUCCCGUGUGCCUCAUUCCCCGCCACCCCUUCCCGUGUGCCUCAUUCCCCGCCACCCCUUCCCGUGUGCCUCAUUCUCCGCCACCCCUCCUCCCCUGCCACCCAUCCCCCGCACUCCAGACGACCCUAUACUGCAGUUCAUGGCGGACGGGGCGAAGAUGCAGCGGCUGAUGGAGGAGGAGGGCGAGGUGGCGGGUGGGCGGGUGGAUGGAUGGGUGGCCGUCCUUCACGUGUGCUCAUUCCCUGCCUGCCCCGUUUCCCUACCAUGUCCCUUUGCAUGCACUCCAGACGACCCCAUACUGCAGUUCAUGGCGGACGGGGCGAAGAUGCAGCGGCUGAUGGAGGAGGAGGGCGAGCUGGCAACGCUCAUCGACAUUCUCUUCAGCAGCCUCGACACCGAUGGCAGCGGCACCAUCUCCUCCUGCGAGCUCAAGCCAGCGCUCUCCACCAUGGUGCAGAACAUGGGACUACACACGCUCUGCCGUGAGUGCCAUCUCUCAGUUUAUGUCCGCAUUAGUGGCGGUUUCACCGGUAGACCUCCUCCUCUCUGCCUCCCACCCCACCCCUCACCACCGCGCAUCACCCCUCCUCUCUCUAUAUCGCUCGUUCUCUCUAUACUGGGCAGGGAGCGCGUCAACAGAGAGGGUGGUGGCACAGCUGGUGAUGACGCACGGCAAGGGCCGUCUGGACCUUUCCCUUUCCACUGCACCCCUCUCCACCACACAUCACCACUCCUUCUCUGUCUCUUGUUCUCUUUCCGCGGUGCAGGGAGUGCAUCAACGGAGAGUGUGGUGGCGCAGCUGGUGAUGACGCACGGCAAGGGCCGUCUGGACCUCUCACGAGACCAGUUCACUGCCUUCAUGCGCGUGCGUGCUGCUGUUUGGAGGGGAGGGGAGGAGGGUUGGGGCUUGUAUGUGGGGGGGCUUGUGUGGGGAAGGCUGGGUCCUCUAGACCUCUCACGAGACCAGUUCACCUCCUUCAUGCGCGUGCGUGCUGCUGUUUGGAGGGGGGUUGGGCUGUAUGUGGGGGGCUUACACCUCUUUCCACCCUCCUCCAUUGCCGUCCCGCUCUCCCACUCACUGCAUCCCCUCGAUCCCCCUCCCUCGCACCCUCUGCAGGCCACUGGCAGGAAGACUGGCAGCCAAGCCAGUCAAGCAGGUGACUGA